GUUAAUAUAUGGGAAGAAAGAAAGGGACGGUACUCGCGUCGACGUAGAAUUAUUUCUCGAUCUUCGUUUUCGAGGAUGAAGGAGUCGUCGAGGAAAGACUUCGCUUACGCGAUGACACCGAUGAAGAUCGUAUCGUGGCCUGUUGGUACCUGGCCCCUUCAAAAUUACGGUAUUUUUUCCGCUAUGCGUGGCAUCAUUGUGAUCUCUCUUGUGUUGCUAAUGCUAGCGAUCUUGCAAACGGAAAUGUACUUAGACAGCGGCGACGCCGGAAAAAACGUGGACGCUUUGAUAUUAAUAACAAGCGGCGUUGUGGCUUUGUCAAAAAUUAUAUGGUUUCGUAUUCGACCUGCUGGCCUUAUUUCGAAUUUUACCUCUGCGGUUAAGGAUUAUGAAGAAUUGGAGGGUCAGGACAAACGAUUGAUAGUACGAAGACACGCUUAUAUAGGCAGAGUAGCAUCUGCCACUGUGAUAUUUUCUUCGUAUAUCGGCUCCACUCUUUACAUGACUAUUCCUAUGCUGGCUGGAGAUGAAGAAAAAGAUAUAGCUAACGUAACAGAAGAAAGUACAACGGAUUACCCUAUACCUUCCGAAUAUGUAAUGGCCGUUAUACAAUUGCCGGAUAAUUUGUACUUUAUGGUUUUUAUCAUAGAGUACUUGAUGCUGUUAUUCACGAGCACUGGAAAUCUAGGAAGCGAUUCGUUGCUCUUCGGUAUCAUUUUUCACCUGUGCGGUCAAGUGGAAAUUUUGAAGCUGGAAUUCAAUAAACUGGGCAACGAGAAUGAAAGAAUAAUGGAGCGUUUCAUCGUAUUAAUCAAGAGGCACGUUUACUUACUGAACCUGGCCAAGAUGCUGAACGAGACGAUCAGCUCUGUCUUGGUCGUGCAACUAUUCACGAGUUGUAUACUUAUUUGUACAACGGGAUUUCAAUUUAUCCUCGAUCUGAGCGUUGGGAACAUCGUCAUGGCGAUGAAAACAUUUAUAGUAAUGAGCUGUCUGUUGGUUCAAUUGUUUGCAUACAGUUACGUAGGCGAAUAUUUAAAACGUCAAAUGGAGAGCGUCGGCGACUCUGUGUACUUCUGCAGCUGGUAUCAUAUACCGAAAAAUGUGGCAAAAGGUAUUGUUUUUGUCAUUAUGAAAAGCCAAGAUCCAGUUUCCUUGAAGGCUGGAAAAUUCUUUAUCGUCAAUAUGGAAACGUACAUGAGUAUUCUGAAAACAUCGAUGUCGUAUCUUUCAGUCCUUCGAGUAAUGGUAAAUCCUCUACUAAUGCUAAUGAUCGUGCAAACGGAGAUGUACUUCGACAGAAGCGAUGCCGAAAAGAACCUCGACGCCCUACUAUUAAUUGCCUGCGGUAUUUUGGCGGUGUCAAAGAUUAUGUGGUUUCGUAUUCGACCAGCUGGUCUUAUUUCGAAUUUUACCUCGGCGGUCAAGGAUUAUAACGAUUUGGAAGAUCAAGAGAAACGGGCGAUAAUGAGGAUGCACGCCUAUAUGGGCAGAGUGGUGUCUGGCGGUGUGAUCAUUUUCGCGUAUGUUGCCACGGUUCUUUUCAUGAUUGUGCCUGUGCUAGCUGGUGUGGAAGGGGAAGAUAUAUUUAACGUAACGGAGGAAAGUGUACCGGAUUACCCCAUGCCUUCCGAAUAUGUAAUGGAACUUAUAAAAAUGCCGGAUAAUUUAUACUUUAUGGUUUUUACCAUAGAGUGCCUGAUGCGACUAUUAGUAAGCACUGGAAAUUUAGGUAGCGAUUCGUUGUUCUUCGGCAUCACUUUUCAUCUAUGCGGUCAAGUGGAAAUUCUAAAACUAGAUUUCAAUAGACUAGGCAACGAGAACGAAAGAACCAUGGAACAUUUCAUCGUAUUAAUCAAGAGGCAUAUUUACUUACUAAAUCUAGCCAAGAUGCUGAACGAGACGAUCAGCUCUAUCUUAGUCGUGCAAUUAUUCGCGAGUUGUAUACUUAUUUGUACAACCGGAUUUCAAUUUAUUCUCGAUUUAAGUGUUGGAAACAUCGUCAUGGCGAUAAAAUCAUUUAUAGUACUGAGCACUCUGUUGGUACAAUUGUUUGCAUACAGCUACGUGGGCGAAUAUUUAAAGCUUCAAAUGGAAGGCGUUGGCGACUCGCUGUAUUUCUGCAGUUGGUACGAUAUACCGACAAGUAUGGCAAAAGAUAUUAUUUAUAUCAUUAUGAAAAGUCAAGAUCCAGUUUCUUUGAAGGCUGGCAAAUUCUUCAUCGUCAACAUGGAAACGUACAUGAAUAUUCUGAAAACUUCGAUGUCGUAUCUUUCAGUGCUUCGAGUAAUGGUAAAUGCUUGAAGUGGUAUUAGUCCA